CAUAGCGUGGAUGUUUUGGAUUUAUCAAGGUUGCAUUCACGGUUUGUGUAAAGCUCCAAGCAGGCUUCUAUUGAAAAAGAAAAGGAAUUCCUCCGUUAAUAUUUUAACUCACUGGAAGAAUUGCAACGUGAACGGAUCCCAUUUCUAUUUGGAAGACGUCCACUCGCAGAUAUGCCAUUUUCAAGGGGAAAGAAAUUGGUUGCUAUAAGCAAAAUUCCUAAACUCCACUCGAAAGGAACCGAGAAUCAGGAGGAGUUGCUGCAGGUUAAAAGAUCUUUAACCCCUCCAAAGGGUGCACCCAAGAAGAGAACCGCUUUCAUCGACAUAACCAAUGCCUUCUCUCAGUGUCUCUCCGAUAAUCAAAAUGAUGAAGAUGAUGAUGAGGUAGUCCGACGAGCACACAAGAUCCAACCCAGCAUUGUUGGCAUCAAGAAGGAGGGUGUCAAGAAGGCACAGACUAAGCAGUCUGUGUCGGAGAGAAAUGGCGCCAACCUAAAAAAGACCGUGUCGGUGAGCUCUGAGGGCUGUUUGGCGGAGAUCAAGCAGGAGAUAAAACGGGAGGAGAUCAAGCAGGAGAAGCCACUGGCUGAUGAACCAGUGGCCGAGCCUGCGCCCAGCCAUUACCCUCCGAGAUCACCACUGCAGACACCCGAGGUAAAACCAAUGAAAGUGGAACUGGUGAAAGAGGAACCAGUGGACGAGCCCAUUUUCAGAGAACUAAAGCCUGCCCAUCUGCAACCUCCAAAGGUGCCGCCCGAGUUUGACAUAGACUCUGUGAACCAUGAUGACUGCACGCUGGCACCAGAGUACGCCAAAGACAUUUUCGACUACCUCAAGAAAAGAGAGGAGAAAUUUGUCCUUGAAGACUACUUGCCCAUGCAGACAAGCAUCACAGAGAGCAUCAGGGCCAUCCUCGUGGACUGGAUGGUGGAGGUGCAGGAGAACUUUGAGCUGAACCACGAGACGCUCUACCUGGCGGUGAAGUUGACAGAUCACUACCUGGCGGCCGUGCCAUGCAACAAGGACCUGCUUCAGCUGGUGGGAUCCACUGCCAUGCUGAUAGCAUCAAAGUUCGAGGAGCGAUGCCCACCGUGUGUCGAUGACUUCCUGUACAUCUGUGAUGACGCCUACAAGCGCCCUCAGCUCAUCGCCAUGGAAGCCAAAAUCCUGCAUGCCCUCAACUUUGACCUCAACAUCCCUGUCUCCUACCGCUUUCUCCGCCGCUACGCCAAGUGUGUGAGCGCCAACAUGGAGACCCUGACGCUGGCACGGUUUGUGUGUGAGCUGAGCCUUUCGGAGAUGGGCUUUGUGUGUGUGAGGGCAUCCCUCCUGGCCUCCGCCUGCCUGCUCAUCUCCCUGGUUACCAAGGAUAUCGGCAAAUGGGUGAGUUUUCUGACAGUAUUGUCCAGUGGCCGACACUCACUCACACGCGCACACUCACUCACGCGCACACUCACUCACACACGCACACAC